AUGUACAAUCCAACUAUAUUGUUUCUAUUGAGGACUCUGGAUGUAUUUGCUAAAACGUACAUGUACAAUCCAACUAUAUUGUUUCUAUUGAGGACUCUGGAUGUAUUUGCUAAAACGUACAUGUACAAUCCAAUUAUAGUGUUUCUAUUGAGGACUCUGGAUGUAUUCGCUAAAACGUACAUGUACAAUCCAACUAUAUUGUUUCUAUUGAGGACUCUGGAUGUAUUUGCUAAAACGUACAUGUACAAUCCAACUAUAUUGUAUCUAUUGUGGACUCUGGAUGUAUUUGCUAAAACGUACAUGUACAAUCCAAUUAUAGUGUUUCUAUUGAGGACUCUGGAUGUAUUCGCUAAAACGUACAUGUACAAUCCAACUAUAGUGUUUCUAUUGAGGACUCUGGAUGUAUUUGCUAAAACGUACAGGUACAAUCCAACUAUAUUGUUUCUAUUGAGGACUCUGGAUAUAUUUGCUAAAACGUACAGGUACAAUCCAACUAUAUUGUUUCUAUUGAGGACUCUGGAUGUAUUUGCUAAAACGUACAGGUACAACCCAACUAUAUUGUUUCUAUUGAGGACUCUGGAUGUAUUUGCUAAAACGUACAGGUACAAUCCAACUAUAUUGUUUCUAUUGAGGACUCUGGAUGUAUUUGCUAAAACGUACAUGUACAAUCCAACUAUAUUGUAUCUAUUGUGGACUCUGGAUGUAUUUGCUAAAACGUACAUGUACAAUCCAAUUAUAGUGUUUCUAUUGAGGACUCUGGAUGUAUUUGCUAAAACGUACAUGUACAAUCCAACUAUAGUGUUUCUAUUGAGGACACUGGAUAUAUUUGCUAAAACGUACAGGUACAAUCCAACUAUAUUGUUUCUAUUGAGGACUCUGGAUGUAUUUGCUAAAACGUACAGGUACAAUCCAACUAUAUUGUUUCUAUUGAGGACUCUGGAUGUAUUUGCUAAAACGUACAUGUACAAUCCAACUAUAAUGAAUUUUUUAACGCCAAAACUAUUCGUGAGUAAUUUUUAA